CUCCCUUACUCACACUUCAUUCCAAGAAAGAGAAAAGGGAAAUAGAAGGAGAGGAGAGGAAAGUGGAGUUUCAAAACUUGAGAGAAAGGGGAGAGUUAAUAAUUUCCAAAGACAUGGGGAACAGUUUAAGAUGUUGUUUGGCUUGUGUUCUUCCCUGUGGAGCUCUAGACUUGAUCCGUAUAGUCCAUUUGAAUGGGUACGUAGAAGAGCUUACAGGUCCUAUCACAGCUGCUGAGAUCCUCAAAGCCAACCCUAAUCAUGUCCUAAGCAAACCAACCUCUCAAGGUGUUUUACGUAAAAUCUUGAUCCUCUCUCCCGAUUCCGAGCUCAAAAGAGGCAACAUCUACUUCUUGAUCCCAUCCCCACCAUCGCUGCCGCAGAAGAAAAAGACCGGUGUGCACCACAAGAAAUCUUCCACCAAAAAGCAAAGCAACAGUAGUGAUGUUGCUUCGGAUUGUGAUCGUCCCGAGAAGAAACAUUGCUCACGAAAGGAUCGCCGGCGUGGUCAUUCCGGAGUAUGGCAACCUCAUCUGGAAACCAUCUCCGAAGACUAACAACCUUUUUUUUUUUUUUGAUUCCGUGCCGGGAUCUCAUUACAUCUCCAUCAAUAAUCACAAAUGGACAAUCAUGCAAUGGGGACGUGUUUUUUUUUUUCUUUCUUUUCUUUUCUUAUUAUUAUAUUAUUAUAAUAUGUGGGGUAUUGGCUUUGUGGAUAUGAAGUUACUUUGAAUCCUUUUGCUUUUGUUUUUUGUUUUGGGUCUGUCGCCUAUAAUGACAGAUUCAGAAUUCCACAAUGUGUGUUGCUCCAUGGUGGAAACUAAAUGAGAAUAUGAGAGUGAAUAUAUUUGUAUUAAUGAAAUUGUAUUUACAGUUUACACCCUCAAGAUGUAAGUAAAAGCUGCUUCUCUUUUA